CAGUCUUUUCCUCCAUUUCCCCAUUUCAAACAUCGCAACGCCUCGCGAUGCCUUACAAUCGAGAUGUCGUCGUAAAUUGCGUUAAACGACAUUAUGAUCUGCUUAUCCGUGCCGCCUACCUCGACGCCAAUAUUGUCCAAAAUCCACCUCCUGAGGGAUGGAGUGACGACCAGCUAGCCGUCGACCUACUCCAAGCGUUUGGUCGUUCGGACAAAGUCAUCGAUCUCUUGCGACACCUGCCUUAUCUCAACAGCAGCAUCGGCAUAGGAGGACAUGAGAUUUACAUAGAGACGCGAUCAAUCUCAUACCUCCAUGGCAGUGAUAUCCUAGAGGAUCUGACAGUAGAGGCAUGCCGUGAAGAUGGGUUAUCUGACGCGUUGCUCAUGCCCCUCCCUGGGGAUUGGCCGCCUAGCUUCAUUUCGUUGACCCAUGGUGGAGAUGCAAUCUACUGGGUGAUCGACACCGAUCAAGGCAUCAUCUAUCCCAUGGAUUCGUAUCUGGUUGAUGAUACUGCACCAGAGGAGCAGCCUUGGCUGGGAUGUGCGAAACCACGCGAUAUUCAGGAGUUCUUCGACGAGCUUUACGAUGAAAUGGAGUCCCUCAAAACCGUUCCGGUGCCAAAGGGAGAAGCGAGUUGGUACCAUGAGGUGCUUCCCUGCGAGUUCCCCAAAGGAGAGAUUGCUAGCCGUCUUCUCAGAGAGUAUGGCUGGCCUAACGCUUUGAGGACAGAAGAGUACCUUGAGGCUGUUCGGAAAGUACAUCCGGAUAAUGUUAGGCGCUGAAAGACCUUUACUGUUCGGACCUUUCACACGCAUUCAAGUACGUCAUGAUGAUUGCCGUAGAUUUGUUAGAAGCGAGGGUUGAUAUCCAACGACGAUAUUCUAAAUCGCAAGACAAUAAAAAUACCCUGGCCAC